CGUCUGUGCAGAGAAAACGCAAGCAAACUGGUGAACGCAAAUCGUUCAUUUCACUUCUUUGUUCAAAUCGCUGAUUUUCCAUUUCUCAAUCUCCAUCUUUACUCUUCCUGUUGGAUCGUCACUUUUCUCGAAUCAGAUAUGCAGGUUUCUGGAGUUCUAUCAGACGUAUCAGCGCUUCUUCCAUUUUCCGGCGGCUACAACUCAUCCAAUUUCCGCCAUUCCCGUACCUCUUCUUAUUACAAACUCUCACCUUCAAUCGGAUUCAGCAGAAGCUGUUCUUCAUAUUUCGUCAAGAAAUUAGGGUUCAAGCAUGAAUCAGUUAGAGGUUUAACAUUGAAAGCAACUUCAGAUCCAGGUGGUGAAUUAGAUCCGCCUAUCGCUCCUGUUCAAUUUGAUUCACCUAUAGGUCAAUUAUUGGGACAGAUAUUACAAACACAUCCACAUUUACUAUCUGCUGCUGUUGAUCAACAUCUUGAGAAUCUUCAAUCUGAAAGAGAAUCUCAACAAGAAGAAACUCAACCUUCACCUCAAGAUCUUCUCCUUUACAAGAGAAUAGCUGAAGUUAAAGAAAAGGAAAGAAAGAACACGCUUGAGGAAAUUCUAUACUGUUUGAUUGUUCAUAAGUUUGUUGACAAAGAAAUCAAAAUGAUCCCGAAAAUAUCAGUUUCAUCCGAUCCAACUUUACGCGUCGAUCUUUGGCCGAAUCAAGAACUGAAACUGGAGUCUGUUCAUAGCCAGGAGGCUUUCGAGAUGAUUCAGAGUCAUUUAUCUCUUGUUCUUGGUGAUCGUUUAGUUGGUCCCUUGGAUUCCAUAGUUCAGAUGAGUAAGAUUAAACUUGGGAAGCUAUAUGCAGCCUCGGUUAUGUAUGGGUAUUUCUUAAAACGAGUUGACGAGAGAUAUCAGUUGGAACAAUCGAUGAACACACUUAACAAAAACCUCGAUGUUGAUAGGUUUAAAGAACUUUCUGCAGCAAAUCCACUUUGGGAUCCUGAUUCUUUAAUCACUAUACGACCAGAUGAUGACGAUUACGAUGGUAAUGAAGAUAGAAAUGGAACGUUUAGAUUGAGAUCUUAUGUGAUGUAUCUUGAUACUGAGACGCUGCAGAGAUAUGCGACUAUAAGAAGUAAGGAAUCGAUUUCUUUAAUUGAGAAACAAACGCAGGCAUUGUUUGGGAGACCCGAUAUAAGAAUCAAUGAAGAAGGUUCUCUUGAAUCAUCGAACGAUGAAAUUAUCUCGUUGUCGUUUUCUGGAUUAACGAUGCUGGUUUUGGAAGCUGUUGCGUUUGGAUCGUUUCUUUGGGAAGCUGAAAACUAUGUUGAAUCCAAAUAUCAAUUCAUUAAUAGCUAAGUUCUUGUUUUUAUUUUGUUCAUCAUCUUUGUUUUUUUUUUCUUGGGACAAUUUGUUGUUUGUUCAUAGUUAAUAAAAAGAAAAACAGAGUCUGUUGUAGAUGACAAAUUUAAAUGGUACAAUCAAAUCGUGCCUUAUGGUUAGGAUUUUCGAACC